AUGAAGAGCCGACGAGGAGGGAGUCGUUCCGGGGCCUGGCGGUUCCUGCUGCUGCUGACGGCUGCCGUCCUCGCUGCCCCCUCCCAGCACGAGUCGUCUUCUAUCUAUGACGUGGCACUCGACCUCAACGACACCCACCACCUCUACUGGCGUGUCGACUACCCUGAAGAGGAGGUCAAGUUUGAGGUCCACUCCCGAGGCCGAGCGUCUCAACCCUGGAUUGCACUGGGCUUCUCAGACCGUGGUGACCUUGUCGGGGCCGACCUCUGUGUCUUAUGGACUGACUGGCAUGGACACGUCCAUUUCCAGAACGCGGUGGUCGGGGCCAACCGGCGCCUUGUGGUUGCUGAUCAACAAGACUGUCAAGACUUCCGCUACAAGGUGCACGAUGACGUCAUCAAGUUUACCUUUUCCAGGGAGUUUGACACCUGUCACCCGAAGCACUACGUUAUUCAGGGGGGCACAACACACGUGGUAUGGGCGUGGGGCGAGGGCCCUCUGUACCGGCUGGCGGGCGUCCUGGCCAAGGGGGACCAGACGGGCAUGGUGAGAGUGCAGCUACUCAAGCCUAGUCUACCGCAGCCCGCCCUAGACGACUGCCAGGUCCUGGAGGUGCGGGCAGUGAAGGUGGAGGUGCCGGCCGAGGAGACCACGUACUGGUGCAGUGUGCAGAAGUUGCCCGACGCCUUCCACGAGAAGCAUCACAUCUUGGAGUUUGGACCCGUCAUCGAGAAGGGGAACGAAGAUGUGGUUCACCACAUGGAAGUAUUUCACUGCGAAUACCCGCCCGACGUGGUCGUGCCCAGGUACCAGGGUCCAUGUCACGUCGCCGACCGAGCUCCAGAGAUCGACACCUGUAAGCGAGUGAUGGCUGCCUGGGCCAUGGGAGCCUCGUCUUUCGUCUAUCCUCCGGAUGCAGGGAUGCCUAUUGGCGGGCCGGACUUCAACCCUUACGUCAUGCUGGAAGUUCACUACAACAACCCUUCACUAAUUUCUGGUCGCGUGGACAGCUCAGGGAUUGCCUUGCACUACACUAAUCACCUGAGACAGUACGACGCCGGCAUCAUGGAACUGGGACUGGAGUACAGCAGCAAGAUGGCCAUCCCGCCCGCCAUGAACACCUUCACUCUCUCAGGGUACUGCGUGCCAGAGUGCACAGCGCUGGGCCUGCCGGAGGAGGGCAUCUACAUCUUCGGGUCGCAGCUGCACACACACCUGACGGGGUUGCGGGUGUGGACCAAGCACUUGAGAGAGGAAGAGGAGUUGCCAGAGCUCAAUCGCGAUGAUCACUACUCUACUCACUUUCAGGAGAUCAGGAGGCUACCGUCCCCCGUCCACGUCUUACCGGGCGACGCGCUCAUAACUACCUGCGAGUUCUCGACCACGUCGCGAGACAACGUCACUGUGGGAGGGUUCGCGAUCAGCGACGAGAUGUGCGUCAACUACGUCCACUACUACCCCAAGGUGGAGCUCGAGGUGUGCAAGUCCUCAGUCGACUCCGCCACCCUCAUCAGCUACUUCAAGUUUAUGAACAGGUGGGAGCUGCAGGAGACGUCACCUGAAGAGGGCUGGCGGGAGAACUACCAGCACAUCCGCUGGACGCCCCUACGCUCCGGCAUGCUGGCCGACCUCUACCUCAACUCUCCCAUCUCCAUGCAGUGUAACAAGUCAUCAGGUGCGCGGUUCCCCGGCUACUGGGAGAACAUUCCGAUCCCCCUCCCUCUCCACCCCCUCCCGGAGAAUCAGAGAAAAUGUAACCAGAGCAGGAAGAUCAUCAGAGAAAACGAUGAUUUGGAGGGAGACUCCUUUUUAAAAUAAACUUUCCCGGCUCGUCAGGAAAAAAAAAGACAAGAGCAAGAUGGUUAGAGAAAACAAUGUCGUGGAGGGACGCACCUUUUUACAAUUAUAUAUCCCCAUAGUAUGUUUAUGUCGUGGAAAAGUGUUUAGUCUUAGUGUGUGUUUUUAGUAGAUUAUGUAAUUAGGGUGAUUAGGGUGAGUUAUAAAGUUUAUUUGUUUAAGGUCAGUCCAUUUCAUUUGAUGAAUUCAUUGAAUUAUUAAGCACUAUAUCAAGUAUCUGAUGCAAUUUAGGAAAUAAGAACAUAAUUGUUGUAGUCCCUCAUAGGUCACCAAUAUAUUCUCCAAAUAAUGGAAUCGCUAGCUGUCUUAGUGUCAGGAGUAAUGGGGAAACCUUUGACAAAUCGCUGGCUUCCUGCUCCCGUUCAUGUCACUAGAGAUGGAGGUCCUCAGGUAAAUUCAGAUAAGCCACUUUAAAUUUAUUGGAACCUUGUUAAUUCCAUUCUACCCUGAUGGUGUUGAUGAAGCAGCGAGAUAAAUAAAGGGCUAGAACAGUGGUCCCCAACCUUUUUGGACUCGCGGCUUUAUUUUCUAAUACUCAAAUGAUCUGUGACCACACUUUCAUAAUUGAAAAAAAUUGUCUAAUCAGGAUACUCAUCACUUGCUAAUUCGCGAUUGAUUCACAUAUGCUAGUAUUCAGGAUUUGGGUUCUGCGACCCACCAGAAAACAUACCCACUUGUUGGGAACCACUGCACUAGAGGAUUAGCAACAGUAUUUCCGAGCUGUCAGAAGUGACUUAUCAGCUGGUAUCCAACCAUCACAGAAGAUUAUUGAUGUUCUGGUGUCAUAAUGUUGUAUGGAGAGGGAAUAUAUUUACUAAAAUGA